AUGGUGAACCUCCACGAGUCCCUCAAGGCUCUUGCCCCCUGCAAAUUCUCCGACGUCCCGCAGAAGCAUGAAGAGUUAGAUCCUUUCUUAUCCGACCUCUUCUCCCAAGUCCAGACGAUAGUCGAGUCCAUACCUAUCCCCGAUCUUGACCCUUCACACCGCCAUCGCUCGCAUACCACGGGCUCAAUCGCCGCCAACAAUGCUUCCGAAAUGUUCAUCUCGUCUGCGCGGAGCCCUCCUCCGGCUCCAGAAUAUGCGGCCCUACAACAAGAGUGGGGAAAGCCGAUAAAGCUUGCGGCGAAAGAGAACCCGCUGGGUAUAGCGGUCUACAAAUUAUCUAGCAAGGAUGGAAAAGGCUCGUGGUUUGCUCGAAGGAGUGUGCAUGAGGGGUUGGGCUUCAGUCGCCUCAAACGCGGGUUUGAGCGGGAAUUUCCAACUUCGCUCGCUGUCCAAGGCAAACCCGGGGAAGGGAAUAUCAGAGGUAUAGGUGCGGAAACUAGGGUCGAAGAAAUCACAGUGCCGAACCACGGGAAGAUCGAAGUAUACCGCCUCAGUGCUCAAUUUCCAGGACCUACAACUCCACGUGAUUUCGUCACUCUUCUGGUUACCUCAUCCAAGGCAAUCAAACACCAUGGGGAGUCUCACAAAGCGCCUGAUCUGGCUCCACGCCAUUACAUGAUCAUAUCUAAACCGUGUGACCACCCGGGGACGCAGCCUAGGAAUGGCUUCAUCCGUGGCCAGUAUGAAUCGGUAGAGUUCAUUCGCGAGAUUCCCAGAAAGUUGAAAUCCACCAUGUCAUCGACAGAUUUGGGUCAUUUCAGCCACCACCGAGCACCUUCACCGUCGCUCGAGAAAGACAUUCUAAGACAGAACGCAGAGAAGCGGGUAAUGGAUGCUGACCAGCUCCACCUGCAGGACUAUAGGCACUUGAGGGUCGAUACUCACGGCUCAGGACUCAGAGAGCCUUCCCCAGGAAGCAGAAAGAGGAGCGUUACGGUCGAUGCCCCUAAAAGUCCUAUCAGGACCCCGGAUCCCGCCGAGCCCUUUGACCCCGAAGAGAACCCCGUUGAAUGGAUCAUGGUUACUCGAAGUGAUCCGGGUGGCAGCGUUCCACGGUUUAUGGUUGAGAGAGGCACUCCUGCAAGCAUCUGUGCAGACGCCUUGAAAUUCCUGGACUGGGCAUGUCAAAGAGAAGACGACGAGGAUGACGUUGACAGAGCUGAACAUUGGCCUAAUAGCCAGCGUCGUGCAAGCUUUGCCAGCUGGGAAGCCAACGGGACCCUUGCUGGGAUUAAGGAACACGAAGAGAGUCUUCAGGUCAUUGGGCAGUCAACGCCCAGUACCCCCAAGGCUUCCGCUACUUAUGCAUCACCAUUGACCAACGGCAAUAACAGUGAAUCCCUGCUCGAUACGCCGCCGUCGCCUUCCCAUAUAUUAAAUGCCGUGACCGAGACCAGUAACUCCUAUACUCCACAGGCAGUUCGCGAACAUCUACCUCAAAUUCGAAACAAUGACGCCGAGGUUGACCAAUGUAUAACCAAAGAGGAAAUCCAGCAAGGGGAUAAUCCAGAUGGUGACGACGAUGACACCUCUACAAUUUCAACCACUUCAUUUGCCUCUGCCGACUCACAUCUGACGUCCGAGGAAUCACCUUCGGUCUCUUCCAAAUCUCUGUCAGAACAGGCUGAGAGCCAACUCCUUCAGCAACAUGACAAAGAAAUGGCCAAGCUCUCGGAACGCAAGGCUGCAAUGGAUGCCAAAUUUGCGAAACAGCGGGAAAAGCUAACCAGUCAGGCCAAUAAAGACACCGAGAGAGAACAACAUGCUCUGAAAAAGGCCGAGGUGAAACACCAGCGUGAACUCAAGAAACAUGAAGAAAGGUAUCAGAAGGAGGUGGCCAAACUGGAGCAGAAGAGAAAAAGAGAGGCGAAGAAAUUGGAGGAGAAGAAACGCAAACAGGUUGACAAGGACGAAAAGUCACGAUUGACCAGAGAACGGGACGAAGCAAGAGUCGAACUGGAGCUUCUGAAAAAGGAGCAGGAAAUGCUCACUCGCCAGAUCGGAGAAUUGCAGAGAGAGAACACCACACUGACAGCCCGGAUAGGGAAGCUCGAUGGAAGCGCAACUUCAGUUGACAGUCCACUCAGCGGCACCACUAGGUUCAGGGCCAUGACGAUGGGACACGAGAACCGCGGACGGAGUUCCAGUCUGAUAUAUCGGAAGAAGGACAAGGGGGAAACGGGCAGCCAGCAUUCAUGA